CCUUGAAAGAGUGAUGCUCUCAAUUCUCCUGCCAUCUGACCUGAAAUUGAAUAGCCAGAAUUCUCUCUGUUUCUACCACCUGGACCCAUGGUGGUUACUUUGACCUUGAGCCUUCACCUCUACUGUAACAACUCCCAUCUUCUGGUUUUUGUUUGUGAACAAACAGAAAAAGGAAAAUUGCCCAUAUAAGAAGCAAACGAAGUGGUGUUCAACAAAAAUGAUCUAUUUUUCUACCCAGGGAAGAAAACUUUUCUGCUCUUGAAGGGAUUGGGUUGGGCUUGGGCAUUGUAUUUGGGUUGGCCCCUCAAAACCCAACCCAAAACCCUGGGUGGGGAGACAGAGCCAAACCCUAAUCGCCUAGCUUUUGGGUAGCCAUCAUGUGCUGAUACUCGUGCUGAUACCACUAUCUCCACCAAUAUCCCACUCAUUUCACCCGGUAAACGCCGUCUAUAUUCUCUUCAGACAUCAGAGAUACUUCCUUUCUUUAUUCUCACACUCAAAUCUCUACUCAACCCCAAGCUCAAAGCGUUGGCUCUUCCUCUGACUAGACAUGGGUUUUUGCAUGAACCACCCUGCAACUUUCUCCGGGAGAUCCAUUUCUUCGUCCUUGAACCCGUAUUCGUCCAACCCCACAUGUUUCCGUAUUUUCUUUUACCCGAACCAGCUCCGGACUGGGUCGCGGCUUGUGGGUUUGGCGAGGUUGGCGAGCCGGGUUCGAGCCAGCCCGGUGCGGGCUGAGAAGGGUGUUGGUAGUGAUUCCACAAAUGGGACGGCGGCUUUCGGCGGAGCACCGGCGGGAAAGAGGACGGAUUUGAAGAAAAUUAUGAUACUUGGGGCGGGGCCGAUUGUGAUUGGGCAGGCAUGCGAAUUCGAUUACUCCGGAACUCAGGCUUGCAAGGCUUUGAAGGAAGAAGGAUAUGAGGUUGUUCUCAUAAAUUCGAACCCAGCCACAAUCAUGACUGACCCAGAUAUGGCAGACAAGACAUACAUUACUCCAAUGACUCCCGAGUUGGUCGAGCAGGUGCUCGAGAAGGAGAGGCCCGACGCUAUAUUGCCCACCAUGGGUGGCCAGACCGCGCUAAACCUCGCGGUGGCAUUAGCGGAAAGUGGGGUUUUAGAGAAGUAUGGCGUUGAGUUGAUUGGGGCGAAGCUCGAGGCGAUUAAGAAAGCAGAGGACAGAGAGUUGUUUAAGCAAGCAAUGGAAAAUAUUGGGGUCAAGACGCCACCUUCGGGAAUUGGGACAACUCUUGACGAGUGUAUGGAAAUUGCGAAUUCAAUUGGGGAGUUUCCAUUGAUCAUUAGGCCUGCGUUCACGUUGGGCGGAACCGGAGGUGGGAUUGCUUACAACAGGGAAGAGUUUGAGGCGAUAUGCAAGUCGGGGCUUGCUGCCAGCUUGACGUCUCAGGUUUUGGUUGAGAAGAGCUUGUUGGGGUGGAAGGAGUAUGAGCUCGAGGUGAUGAGAGACUUGGCGGACAAUGUGGUCAUUAUAUGUUCCAUUGAGAAUAUUGAUCCAAUGGGGGUUCAUACUGGGGAUUCUAUAACUGUGGCACCUGCUCAGACCUUGACUGAUAAAGAGUAUCAGAGGCUUAGGGAUUACUCUGUUGCUAUCAUAAGGGAAAUUGGAGUUGAAUGUGGUGGUUCUAACGUGCAGUUUGCUGUCAAUCCUGUUGAUGGGGAGGUGAUGGUGAUUGAAAUGAACCCAAGAGUGUCGAGGUCCUCAGCCUUGGCUUCUAAAGCCACUGGUUUUCCUAUAGCAAAGAUGGCUGCAAAGUUGUCGGUUGGUUACUCAUUGGAUCAGAUUCCAAAUGACAUCACAAAGAAAACACCGGCUAGUUUUGAGCCUUCCAUAGAUUAUGUGGUGACAAAGAUACCCCGGUUUGCAUUUGAGAAAUUCCCAGGUUCUCAACCAAUAUUGACGACCCAAAUGAAAUCUGUGGGUGAAUCCAUGGCUCUAGGCCGAACAUUCCAAGAAUCCUUUCAGAAAGCAGUUCGAUCGCUUGAGUGUGGCUACUCUGGAUGGGGUUGCGCACAGCUCAAGGAAAUGGACUGGGAUUGGGAACAAUUGAAGUACAGUCUCCGAGUCCCAAACCCGGAUCGUAUACAUGCCAUAUAUGCUGCAAUGAAGAAGGGGAUGAAAGUGGAUGAUAUUCAUGAGCUGAGUUUCAUAGACAAAUGGUUUCUCACUCAACUUAAAGAGCUGGUAGAUGUGGAACAAUUCCUCUUGUCUCGUAGCUUAUCUGAUCUAUCAAAGGAUGACUUCUAUGAAGUCAAGCGGAGAGGUUUCAGUGACAAGCAGAUAGCUUUUGCAUCUAAAUCUACCGAGAAAGAAGUUCGAUUGAAGCGGUUAUCUUUGGGUGUCACUCCAGCCUAUAAGCGGGUUGAUACCUGUGCUGCAGAGUUUGAGGCUAAUACUCCCUAUAUGUACUCUUCUUAUGAUUUUGAAUGUGAAUCAGCUCCCACUCAAAGGAAGAAGGUUUUAAUUUUAGGUGGAGGACCAAACCGGAUUGGUCAAGGUAUUGAGUUUGACUACUGCUGCUGUCAUACAUCCUUUGCUCUCCAGAAAGCAGGAUAUGAGACAAUCAUGAUGAAUUCAAAUCCUGAAACAGUAUCUACAGAUUACGAUACAAGUGAUCGUCUCUACUUUGAACCGUUGACAGUUGAAGAUGUUCUAAACACCAUCGACUUGGAACGACCUGAUGGCAUCAUUGUGCAGUUCGGUGGUCAAACUCCCUUGAAGUUGGCUCUACCUAUCCAGAAUUACUUAGACGAGCACAGGCCCCUAUCUGCCAGCGGGGUUGGGCAUGUUCGCAUUUGGGGUACAUCACCUGAUUCCAUUGAUGCAGCUGAGAACAGAGAGAGGUUCAAUGCAAUCCUUAACGAUCUAAAGAUUGAACAGCCAAAAGGAGGCAUUGCCAAGAGCGAAGCUGAUGCUCUUGCCAUUGCAAUGGACAUAGGCUACCCGGUUGUUGUCCGGCCUUCCUAUGUGUUGGGUGGGCGGGCAAUGGAGAUUGUGUAUAGCGAUGACAAGCUUGUGACCUACCUUGAAAAUGCUGUUGAGGUGGAUCCUGAACGUCCUGUAUUGAUUGACAGAUAUUUAUCCGAUGCCAUUGAGAUUGAUGUUGACGCCCUUGCUGACUCCGAAGGUAAUGUGGUGAUUGGUGGGAUAAUGGAGCACAUUGAGCAGGCUGGGGUCCAUUCUGGUGAUUCUGCUUGCUCACUUCCCACGAAGACCAUCCCUUCUUCAUGCUUGGACACAAUUAGAUCAUGGACUACAAUAUUAGCAAAGAAGCUAAAUGUGUGUGGGCUCAUGAACUGUCAAUAUGCAAUCACAGCUUCUGGGAGUGUUUUCUUGCUUGAGGCUAACCCUCGUGCAUCCCGUACAGUCCCAUUUGUGUCCAAGGCAAUUGGUCACCCAUUGGCCAAAUAUGCUUCCCUUGUCAUGUCAGGGAAGUCUCUUCAUGACCUGUGUUUCACAAAGGAGGUAAUCCCAAGACAUGUUUCAGUCAAGGAAGCUGUUCUUCCAUUUGAGAAAUUCCAAGGAUGCGAUGUAUUGCUAGGUCCCGAAAUGCGUAGCACUGGUGAGGUAAUGGGUAUUGAUUUUGAGUUUCCUGUUGCAUUUGCCAAAGCUCAAAUUGCUGCUGGACAGAAGCUACCAGUUUCUGGCACUGUGUUUCUCAGCUUGAAUGACUUAACAAAGCCCCACCUUGCCACAAUUGCCCGGUCAUUUAGUGGCCUUGGAUUCAGGAUUGUUUCAACUUCUGGGACAGCCCAUGUUCUUGAACUGGAAGGUAUCCCAGUUGAGCGAGUUCUGAAGAUGCAUGAGGGGCGGCCACAUGCUGGUGAUAUGAUUGCUAACGGGCAGAUCCAGCUGAUGGUGAUCACAAGUUCAGGUGAUACGCAUGAUCAGAUUGAUGGACGGCAGCUAAGGCGGAUGGCUCUUGCUUACAAGGUUCCUAUAAUAACAACAGUUGCAGGAGCAUCGGCAAGUGUUGAAGCAAUUAAGAGCUUGAAGUGCUGUGCCAUCAAAAUGAUUGCUCUUCAGGACUUCUUUGACAUUGAAUCGGAAAAGGAGAGUACUAAAAACGUGCAGUCGGCGUCUUCACUUCUUUGAAUUAACUAGGCAUAUCUGGUUUGCACCUGUUCCUUCUCUUCUUCUAUUUGAUGUUUUUCUAAUUUGUUUCUAUUAAUGUUGUUGGAGUUAGCCUUUGUUUUUUUUUUCUUUUCUUUCAAGUGAUUUGUUUAAAUCUGUUUCUUUUGCACUUCAGUCUUGUUUCUCCUUGGUAGAUGAGACUGAUGAAUUAUAAUUUUGGCAACUCUGAUAUUGGGAUCUUAUGUAUUGAAUGUAAUAUAAAUAGCUUAGAAUUUCAGAUGCCAUUAUAUUUUGGA